AUGGCUGCAUCAAGGAAAACUGUAAGUGCAGACCUAUGCCUCGAGGACGGAAGGAAUAACCCAAUCUGUGCCAGAUAUCGUGAGAAGAAGGAAAGAGUCCCGUCACGUUUUGAGCUGUUCUUUGACCUUGUGUUCGUCGCAAUUGCGCACUCUCUGAGUGAGGUCGCAGCUGAGCAUGCCGGAGGACCGGGCUUGGCACAAUUCAUUCUUAGCAUUGACCUGAGACAUUCUAACCCUGAACUUUUACACA